AUGGCACAACGAGGUAAAUUAAUGGUUCCUAUCACAUCAUUUAUCCCUGAUAUUGACCAAUUAAUUGUGGAUAUAUUCAAUUCAAGAUAUAAUAAACCAAGUAUAAUUCCAGCAACUACAAUAUAUUAUUUGUGUCAACAGAUUAGAACAAUAUUGUUAAGUAGUUGUUCACACUUAUUACUAGAAGGACCGAUAAUAGUAGUUGGGGAUAUUCAUGGACAGUUAUAUGACUUACUCAGAAUAUUCCUUCGAGAAGGAUAUCCUGGUGAAAUAAAUUAUUUAUUUCUUGGAGACUAUGUUGAUAGAGGAAAAUAUGGAGUUGAAGUGUUAUGUUUAUUGUAUGCAUUAAAGAUAAAAUAUCCAGAUAAUAUUCAUUUUAUUAGAGGGAAUCAUGAAUGUGCUUAUAUGAAUCGGUUAUUUGGAUUUCAAAAUGAGUGCUUAAUAAAAUAUGGAGACUUGUUGGUUUGGAAUGCAUUUGUUUCUACAUUUAAUGUUUAUCCAUUUUCUGCCGUUAUUAACAAGAAAAUGUUAUGUGUACAUGGUGGGUUAUCACCAUAUCUUCAAAGAAUUGAUCAAUUAAAACGAAUUAGUAGACCAACUGAUAUUCCAUGGGAUGGAAUGUUAUGUGAUUUAGUUUGGAGUGAUUUUAAUAGUACAACUUCAGGAUUUGUUGAGAAUGUUAAACGAGGAAUAUCAGUUGUAUUUGGUAAGAAAACAUUAGAAACUUUUCUUGAAGAGAAUAAUUUGACAACACUAAUUCGAGGACAUUCAUUUGUCAAUGGAAUUGACAUCAAAAUGCCGUGUAUUUCUAUAUUUUCUGCAUCAUUUUAUCAAGGAAAAUUCAUGAAUAGUUGUGGAGUAUUAAAAAUUGAUGAAAAGAGUUUAAUUGACAUUCACCUCUUCAAUGACAUUACUCAUAAAGAAAUCACAAAAAAACUAAAAAAAGAUAAGAAAGAAAAAUUAAAACGCAAGUCAUUAAAACUUAAUCUUCCGAAUAAUACUACUGAAACAGUUGUUAUAAAACAAACAAGUGAAGUCCAAUCCUCAGCUACUUCUCAAAGCGAAAACUCAGCACUAAAAUCAAAUAAAAAUAGAAAUAAGAAAAUAGUUGUUGUGAGGAAUUAUGAACUAAGUAAACUAGAUGAAUCAACUGACUCAAAUGAUACUUCUAGUCAGCACAAUUUUUAA